GGAGGCCUGGCAUAAGGGGCUACGAACUAUCUUACAUCCGCUAUGAACUCGCUAUACACUCUGGGCGUACGGCAGACGAAUUCUAUCCAGGCCGACCUCGAAAGGCUACGGAAUGGGGACUCGUCUGCGUCGUUAUUAGGGCAGAUAUCGGCGUCGCUGGCUGCUAUGAGCCGGACGAUCGAGGACUACGACUCGAUGGCGCGUAGGGAGAUUAUCAAGGCGAAGCAGGAGAAGGCCCAGAUGCGGGUGCAGAAGUUCCGGAGCGAUUAUGCGGAGUUGAGGACGCAGUUUGAGCAGUUGAAGACGCAGGCGGAGUCAUCAAAACGCAACGACCUCUUCGGAUCCUCAGCCGGCCCCCUCUCCCCCAGCGCCUCCGACACACGACGGCGCUUUGCGCCCACCAUCCCCCCACCCGACUCUGACUCCUCUUCCUCUCCCUUCCGCGCAUCCACGCCCCUGGUAAACUCUACGCUUCGGGAAGACCACGCGCUCCGCGAACACACGUUCAUCCAGAACACGGAGGCGCGGCUGGACGAGUUCCUCGCGCAGGGCCGCGAGGUGCUCGACAACCUCGUCGACCAGCGCAACGUGCUCAAGGGCACACAGCGCCGGCUGCUAGAUGCGGCGAACACUCUCGGAAUGAGUAGGGAUGUCAUCGGCUGGAUUGAGCGGCGCAGUACGCAGGAUAUGUACAUAUUCUUCGCGGGUGCGAUAUUCACGUUCUUUUGUUUCUAUCUCAUUUGGCGGUAUUUGGGGUGAGGAGACGGGUAUACCCAUUCACUCUGUUGCUGGACAUUGGUAUCUGUACAGAUGCUUUUAGUCGUAUUUUAUUGUCUGUAUGUUUCUGGAUAUAUUCUCCUAUCACCAAGGGUCCCGCCGGACCUGAUGGGUGUCUGUGACUUACGCGAGGGCUCUGAAAACAUGGUUGGAGCACUCAUAGUCC